CUCAUUGGCUGCUGGGCCGACCGCUGGUCCACUCGCCCGCCCGGCCGGAGGAGGCUGCUGCUCCCAGUGAAUCGCCCAGCACCUGCCUCGCGCCCGCGGGCAGAGGAGCCCGGUCCUCGAGCAGCUGGGGGGUCGCUCCACGCCCAUCAGCUCCGUCCAGACCCACCUGUCCAGCCCGCAGCGGCCCCCCUCCCCGCCCGGCCACCGCCCCCCCUCCCCAAGAGGCGCACCCUGUUGCCAAGAUGUCCAAGGUCGCCAAGUACCGCCGGCAGGUGAGCGAGGACCCCGACAUCGACAGCCUGCUGUCCACGCUGUCCCCCGAGGAGAUGGAGGAGCUGGAGAAGGAGCUGGACGUGGCGGACCCCGACAGCAGCGUGCCCGUGGGGCUGCGGCAGCGGAACCAGACGGAGAAGCCGGCCACGGGCAGCUACGACCGCGAGGCCAUGCUCACCUUCUGCGAGAAGGAGACCAAGAAGCUCAUCCAGCGGGAGCUGUCCCAGGACGUGGACGAAAGCAAGCAAGCGGAGACCAAGACAGACGCCAAGAAUGGCGGGGAGAGGGGCCGCGAGGCCAGCAGGAAGGCCCUGGGCCCCAGGCAGGACUCGGAUGCGGGGCGGGCACCCCGGCGGGGGGUCCUGAAGAAGGGCUUCUCUCGAGACAAGGAUGACGCUGAGACCAAAGGCGCCCCGCAGCCCAGGGAAGAGAAGCUCAUCCGGGGCAUCGACCGGGGCCGGGUCAGGGCGGCCGUGGACAAGACCGAAGGGGGGGGCAGUGGGCGGGGGGACGGCCAGGCCCCCAAGAAGGAGGAGGAGCCGAGGGGGGGGCCCAGGAGCACUGGCCUGAGCAGAGACAAGGAUGAGAAGCAAGAGGACGGGAAGGGAAAAGGACGGGGAGAGCACACAGAGGCUGCGCGGAAGGAGGCCCCAGCGAGCCAAGCCAGUGCAGGAGCCAGUGCGGGCCCAGCCACGAGGAAGGAGGCCCCAGCGAGCCAAGCCAGUGCGGGAGCCAGUGAGGGCCCAGCCACGAGGAAGGAGGAGGAGAAGGUCACCCAGGAGGCGCCCCCCAGCCUCAAGGCGCCCGCAGAGGAGAAGCAGAGUGUGGCGGCCCAGAAGCCGACCCCGGGGAGCCCCGCCAAGCCCCCCGAGGGCCCGGCCCCCGCGGAGGAGGAGGCGGCCCCCAGCAUCUUCGACGAGCCGCUGGAGCGCGUGAGGAGCAACGACCCCAGCAUGACGGAGGUGAACGUCAACAACUCGGACUGCAUCACCCCCGAGAUCCUGGUGCGCUUCGCCGAGGCCCUGGAGUUCAACACGGCCGUGCGGGUGUUCGCCCUGGCCAACACGCGGGCCGACGACCACGUGGCCUUCGCCAUCGCCAUCAUGCUCAAGGCCAACAAGACCAUCACCAGCCUCAACCUGGACUCCAACCACAUCACGGGCAAGGGCAUCCUGGCCAUCUUCCGGGCGCUGCUGCAGAACAGCACGCUCACCGAGCUGCGCUUCCACAACCAGCGCCACAUCUGCGGGGGCAAGACCGAGAUGGAGAUCGCGGGGCUGCUCAAGGACAACACCACGCUGCUCAAGCUGGGCUACCACUUCGAGCUGGCCGGGCCCCGCAUGACCGUCACCAACCUGCUCAGCCGCAACAUGGACCGCCAGCGGCAGCGGCGGCUGCAGGAGAAGAAGGGGCUGCUGGAGGUGCCCAAGGUCAAGGUCGGGGCGCCCAUCAAGGGCUCCCCCAGCCCCUCCCCCCAGCCGUCUCCCAAGGCCUCGCCCAAGAACUCACCCAAGGGAGGGGGGGCUCCGGCCGCCCCGCCGCCCCCACCGCCGCCCCUGGCCCCGCCCCUGGCCCCGCCCCUCAUGGUGGAGAACCUGAGGAACUCACUCUCGCCGGCCACCCAGAGGAAGUUGGGGGACAAGGCCCUCCCCGCCCAGGAGAAGAACUCCCGCGACCAGCUGCUGGCCGCCAUCCGCUCCAGCAACCUCAAGCAGCUCAAGAAGGUGGAGGUGCCCAAGCUGCUGCAGUAGGGCCAGGCUGCGGGCACCGCCCCGGGCCGCCCAGACCCGCCCCCGGCUGGCCUGCUGCGUCCUGUCCUGUCUGCCCGGGGUCCUGAGGCCGGGCCACGCCCUCUCGUCCGGAUGUUUCUUCUCCUCGGGCGGAUGUUUCUGGGCAAGAAGAGUCCUUCAGGCACCGCUCGGAGGAGAUGGCGCGGGAGCCAGGGAGGAUGUGCACAGGGACCGGUCACGGCCCAGCCCCGCCUCCAGGGCCAGGAUUCAGCUCUGAGGAGCCCUGGGCAAGGCUGCUGGGCUGGUGUGCAGGGCAGGGCAGACGAUGGAGAUGGAGAGGGACGGGGAUGGGGAUGUCCGCUCCCCUCCCCCCGGACUAACAGAGCCUGGACAGACGGACAGUGCCUGGGGAGGGAGGGACAGGCGGCAGCUGGACCUGAAGGUUUGAUGCCAAAGCAGACGUUUUCCUACACCCACUCGCUAUGUUGUGAAUCGCUGUCUUUCCAUAAGAUUUUGAUAAUAUAUUCCAGCCUUUCGCUGC